CGGAGGCGUAUAAACCCCCUCCCGUCACGCCGCCCGUCCGUGCGUUUCCUUUGACUUGCUAGUCUCGAGGUUUCGAGUUCUCCAGAGGCCGAGGCGAUCCCCGCACCGCGCCUUCUCUGUAGGUGACGCGCCCUUUCCUCAGCUGUUCGACGGAUACUUGAGGAAUGGCUGACGAGGAUAUUCAACCUAUUGUGUGCGACAAUGGCACAGGAAUGGUCAAGGCGGGUUUUGCCGGUGAUGAUGCACCAAGGGCUGUCUUCCCUAGCAUUGUGGGCAGACCACGGCAUACCGGUGUCAUGGUUGGUAUGGGCCAGAAGGAUGCCUAUGUGGGUGAUGAAGCUCAGGCAAAGAGAGGCAUCCUAACGCUUAAGUACCCUAUCGAGCAUGGCAUCGUCAACAACUGGGAUGACAUGGAGAAGAUCUGGCAUCACACCUUCUACAACGAGCUCCGUGUUGCGCCUGAAGACCACCCUGUACUGCUGACCGAGGCCCCUCUCAACCCCAAGGCCAAUAGAGAGAAGAUGACACAGAUCAUGUUUGAGACCUUCAACUGUCCAGCAAUGUAUGUCGCAAUUCAGGCUGUUCUUUCUUUGUACGCCAGUGGUCGAACAACUGGUAUUGUGCUCGACUCUGGUGAUGGUGUGAGCCACACUGUUCCAAUAUAUGAAGGCUACACACUUCCUCAUGCUAUUCUCCGUUUGGAUCUUGCCGGCCGUGACCUCACUGACCAUCUAAUGAAGAUCCUCACAGAGAGAGGGUACUCCCUCACGACGACUGCCGAGCGGGAAAUUGUCAGGGACAUAAAGGAGAAGCUUGCUUAUGUUGCCCUUGAUUACGAGCAGGAGCUGGAUACGGCCAGGAGCAGCUCCUCUGUUGAGAAGAGCUACGAGAUGCCUGAUGGCCAGGUUAUCACCAUUGGGUCAGAAAGGUUCAGGUGCCCUGAGGUGCUGUUCCAGCCAUCUCUUGUUGGUAUGGAGUCUUCUGGCAUACAUGAAGCCACAUACAACUCCAUCAUGAAGUGCGAUGUCGAUAUCAGGAAGGAUUUGUACGGUAACGUUGUGCUCAGUGGAGGAUCCACCAUGUUUCCUGGAAUCGCCGAUCGCAUGAGCAAGGAGAUCACAUCCCUUGCUCCUAGCAGCAUGAAGGUUAAAGUGAUUGCACCGCCUGAAAGGAAAUACAGUGUCUGGAUUGGUGGCUCUAUUUUGGCCUCUCUCAGCACUUUUCAGCAGAUGUGGAUCUCAAAGGAAGAGUACGAUGAAUCUGGUCCUGGUAUUGUCCACAUGAAGUGCUUCUAAGUUUCUAGGGAAGCUUGUAGCCGUACUUCUGGUUGUUGAAAUAUAUCGGGUUUUUAUUUUCUGAAACAAAAAUAUGUUGCUAUAGAUAUGUUUAAAACAGGCACGCUUGGCAAAACUGUGAAGUAUGUAUGCUUCUGAUAGUUGAGAUACACUUUUCAUGUUGGUCAUGCUGGAGCAUGUUUCUACGAGAUGUUGAAAUAUCCAUCUCAUCAAUGGUGCUGGUAACUACUUAUAUUCUAAAGGAUCA